CCGUCAAAAAAACAAUACGAGCGCAAAGAAGAAUUUCAACACAUUUUAUCGAAAUUAAGCAGGAAAUUCUUCAGUAAAAGUCUUCAAAUAUUGAAAUUUCAUUAGUUUAUGUAGGUUUCCUUCAAAGUAAACUGCACACGAGUGCCUUGCACUAAUUUCACAACAAAAAGCAUGGCAGUUGACGAAAAUUUCACGCCGAAACGCAACAAUUACGAGUUUGAGGAUGAAAUUUUCAACACAAUCGACAUUUUCACGGUAAAACGUGCAAGCAACAACAACAAUGAUGGUCCAAAACCUCCCUCGAUUCGAGAUUUCUCCAUCAUUAAACCGAUUAGCAGAGGAGCCUUCGGAAAAGUCUUUCUCGGAUACAAAAAUAGCAAUCCAACGGACUUGUAUGCCAUCAAAGUGAUGCGAAAAAUGGAAAUGAUCAACAAAAAUAUGGUUUCGCAAGUCAUCACGGAACGAAAUGCUCUUGCCCUUUCCCGAAGCCCAUUUUGCGUGAAUUUAUUGUAUUCGCUUCAGUCGCCGCAAUACGUGUAUCUCGUCAUGGAAUACAUGAUUGGAGGCGAUUUGAAGUCAUUGCUCGCGAUGUAUGGAUUUUUCGAAGAAUCAGCAGCGAAAUUUUACGUUUCGGAAAUUUGUUUGGCUUUGGAGUAUUUGCACAGUCAUGGAAUCGUUCAUCGUGAUAUAAAACCGGAUAAUAUGUUGAUAGCGGCGAAUGGACAUGUAAAGUUGACGGAUUUUGGCUUGAGUAAAAUUGAAUUGACACGAGAAUUGGAGAUGUCGGAUCUUUUGAAUGGAUCUCCGGCAAAUGCGGCGUGGAAUGCACGAACUCCGGGUCAAUUGUUGUCACUUACGAGCCAUUUAUCGUUCGAAUGUGUCGAACGAAGGAGCAUUCGAGGCGAUGUCAGUAACUUUCGUGAACGUAUUUCGGCGAAUAAUGCAUUAAAUGACUCUUCCAUGAGCAAAGAACAUAACGAGAGUAAAAUGUCGGGAGUUUCUCCAUUCUUUUCUGCCGAAGAUAUUAACGUUUCGUUCACUCAUACGCCAAAACUCAACAAAAAUAGUGACGAAGACACGAGCGGAUCGUCUUAUUACACAUGCAAUUCGAGUAUCGGAAGUCGUCGAAUGAGUUCUGAGGGAAGUAGCGCAAGCGGAUCGGGAUCCGGAAACACUCGCAUGAGUUUGAUGCGAAGUUGCCUGUACAAUCGCUUAAGCAAAGUGUCUCAAGUGCAAUUGGAAGACAAAGAAAACUUCGAUAGUGCAAAUUUUUCAACUUCCAAAGACUCUUUUAGCAAUUUAUUGCAAGUCAAACAACACGAUUGCCUCAAAAUCGAAGAAGAUUCGGGUCUGUCGCACAUUAGCAAGACAAGUAACGAAGCUUGCAAGUCCAAAGAUGAUAUUUCGUCGUCUUGUUCUACCGAUCACAGUAACAUUUGUAACUUUUCGACAUCAACUCAAGCCAAAUUCGAGCUCCAAUCGUCGCCUUUACGCAGUUUCAAACGUCCCGAAUUCUUCCGAGGCCUCAAACGACGACGCAAUUUAGUCACAAGUCGUGCUGAAAUGUCGGGAGAUUGUUCGUACAACAGCAGUACAGGACUUACGCAAGAAAUAGAGAUCCUCGAAUUGGGCAGCAGCACGCCAAAGAAGCGACAAAAAGGAGAAAAUGGAACUCCCUUGAAAGGAGUGUUGAAAAAUGUUCGUUCUCCGCCGACAGAAGACGAAGAUGGCAUGCCUGUGAAUCAUCAUCUGGCAAAUGUGAUGUUUUCGACGCCUGUUUCGUCACAAAAGAAGGGACCAUUGGCAAAAUUAAAGGCAACGCGAUUCGUUUUGCCUUCGAGCAUUGAACAAAUGAGAAAAAGCGUCGCUUUGCGAUACAAAAUUACGGAUGAAUCGAUGAUGAUGUCGCCUAUUAACAGCAAUAAACAGUUGGGAAAUGAAGGAUUGUCGGAAAAAACUCCAAAAUCGAGUGCAAAAACGCCUUAUAGAACGCCCAAAUCCGUGAGACGAGGAGAAAUGGUAUCUGACGAACGAAUUUUAGGAACACCCGAUUAUUUGGCGCCUGAAUUACUUUUAAUGCAAGGACAUGGACCUGCAGUUGAUUGGUGGGCUCUCGGCGUAUGUUUAUACGAAUUUCUGACGGGAAUUCCUCCCUUCAAUGAUGAAACGCCGCAAAAGGUUUUCGACAACAUCUUGAAUCGUGAUAUUGAAUGGCCCCAAGAUGACGAAGCGUUAUCCGCCGAAGCUGUUGAAGCAGUUGAACUCAUGUUGGAAAUGGAUCCGAAUAAACGCCCUGCUGCCAAACAAAUGCAAGAAAUGUCAUUUUUCCGUGAUAUUGAAUGGAGUCGUGUUACGGAAAUGGAUCCCCCGUUUGUGCCAUCGCCCGAUGAUCCGCAAGAUACUUGUUAUUUCGAAGCACGAAACGAAAUGCAACAAAUUAAACUUUCGCAAUUUGACGCAGAAUAUUGAAAAUU